GUCAGUGGUUUUUAAAAAUACAGCUGUGGAAUAUUUGAUACUACAAAUAUCGUCACAAAAACUUACUGAGUUUUGUCAUCUUUGACUGCUGUCUUGUUCCCUCUUCAGUCUGCCAAAGGCAAUGAUGUGAAAGAUCAACGCCUGUCCUCAGGGAACUGAUGGGUUACCACAAUUACUGUUCCUGCGUAUGCACUGCACCUGUAGCCACGUCUGUUCCUUCUGUACCAGCUCCCGUGUUUGCCCUAGCUACGUGGCUACUGUAAAACCCACACUAGACUGAGUACACAAUUCCCUUUCUAAUAAACCCUUCCGCAUUUCUGCUUAGUCUACUGGGAAGACCGUGGGACUACUGGAAUGUGUAAACAUCCAUAGUGUUUACUAAUGUAUUACCAUGCCUCCAGUGCAGCAGAUUAGUCUGGUGUAACCUGGAAGAGUGACCAAACUUGUGACAAGUUCUUUAUGGAAAAGUUUAUAGACUUCACUGAAAUUCUGAUGAAAGCUGUGUCGUGUAAGGAAGGCAAUCAGCAAUAUUCCAGAGACUUUUCUGCACUCCAGGAAAGUGAAGAGGCUUGUGUCAUUGUUGGGAAGCUUGUGUGCUGGGUCUUAGCUGUACUUUGUGUGGAUGGAGUGACUCCAGUCCUAGUCAGACACUUAAGCCUGAAAUUAUUUUUCUUUCCAUGUUGUCUUUUGUACCUGUGAAGUUUUCUGUAGGCAUCUUUCAGGUGUUGAAAGGGCUUUUUGACUUGAGAGACAUGGUCAGAAAAAGUGUAAAAUCAAGAGAUGCUACCUGAGGCCUAUUUUACAACUUUGAAGAAUGACCAUGGAAACAUGUACAGGAAUUGGCGUGGUUGGGGAAGAGCAGUUGUGGAUUACGAAAGAACUUGUUUAUGUUACUUAGAAAUAACACACACUUUCUUUGAGGUUUGCAGUCUGGAGAUGUGUGUCCACAGAGCCUUAUCCUUGUAGUUGAAUGCUUAAGGGAGAGAUUUUUGGAUGGUAAGUGAGGGAAAGGCUGAAUAAACAGCUUACCAGAGCAGGAACCAACAACCAUUUUAGAUUACUUUUUUUUCUUUUUGGUAUGCAGACAGGUGUGUAGGUGGUAUACACAAUAAGGAAAGUCAGUGCUGGCUACUGACUCAACAGAGGAAUUGGCCCAUGCAGCUGCAGAGGCACUGAGGCUGACUGGCUGUGUAACUGAGCUCUGCGCUUGCUCAGCUGGUGCGGGGUGGCCAUUGAUUAUUCCUAGGUACAGUGUGGAAAGGAAAAGAUGGGUGAUCCUGGAGGGCAGCAGUGUUGACAUGGACAGAUACAGACAUUUUGCUGGUAUUCCUUGUGGGUGUUUUCCUGGACUUAAAAGAUCAGAUACCACAGUUGUCUAUAGCCAGCAACUUUCUGCUGUGUGUAACAAACGUGCAACAAUCCAGUGCAGGCUGUGCUGUACUCUGCGCUUUGAGGCUGGCUUAGAUACAAUGUCUGCUCCAUGUGGCAUCCCUGUCCCCUCUGCACCACCUUCUUAUGAGGAAACAACAGGAAUCAAUGUGAGCUAUCCUCACACCUAUCCUGUCCCAGAACCUGGCCAGAAACCAGAUGGGAAGGGAAUGAACCCUCCCCCAUACCUGGGACAGCCUGCACCAGCAAAUAACCCGAUUACAGUUCAGACAGUGUAUGUGCAGCAACCAGUAGUAUUUUAUGACCGCCCAGUUCAGAUGUGCUGCCCUUCCUGUAACCAGAUGAUAGUGACACGUCUCUCAUAUGACUCAGGAGCUUUGACUUGGCUGUCAUGUGGUGGCCUCUGCCUGCUGGGGUGUAUAGCUGGCUGCUGCUUAAUUCCCUUCUGCAUUGAUGCCCUAAAGGAUGUGGAUCACAGCUGUCCGAACUGCAAUGCUCUUAUUGGCUCUUACAAACGCUUAUAGGCAGUGUUUAAACAUUGAUAAUUCAUUGAUGAAGUUGGUUAGCACCUCUACAAGCCCUUUCUGAAGUUUCAUGGAGACUUCUGGUUGUUUCUGUGCAUCCUGUCACUGGAAACCAAUCAAAAGUAAUGUUUAUUGCUAAAUUGUUUGAAUGAGAAUCUGCUGAAGGGGAUUCUGACUUAGGUCUGUAAAAAAUUAUGUGUAAUCUUUAUGGGCCACUCAGUCUAGCACCAGUUGAUAGCAGCUAAAUGUUUUCCCUUUCUGCUUUAUGCAAAACAGGUUGAUGAUGUUCUUCAGUUAAUCUUGUCUCAAUCACGUUGGAUGCCGGUGUGCUUGCUUGUAGUCUCAGCACAGACCAAGAGGAGAAUGUCUGUGGAGACCUAUACAGUCUCAUGCUUGGUGUUGAUGCUUUUGCAACAGCACUGUUACAAACUGGCAGGGAGUUGCUUGCCUCUGAGACAGGUGCCUCUCUUUGACAGAAGAAGUGAUUUGUUGGCAUCUUUUCAUGAGCACUAAAAUUCACUUUAAAAUUUUCUUAGUUGAAAGAGAACCAAACUUAAAGGCUUCUUCCUUUUUGGAGGCAGCUUUACCAAAUGGACAACUCGGGUUAUUGUGCAUCAGUGGUGAUUCAGUCUAGUACCUGAAUUUCCUUGCCAGUUUCGAGUCUAGUCAUAUCUCUAAUCUGCAGUAAAGAUGUUCAUACAGGAAUUUUAAUAGAUAUUUGUUCAGUGUUUUUUGGUUGGUUGUUUUUUUUUUUACUGCAGAUUUAUAAGUCUGUGAAGUGUUCUUUUAUCUCCACCCCAGUGGAAAUGCCCAUCGUUAUAGCAUUGGAAAACUUCCUUGUACAUUUACAUAAGUCAACUGAUAGAUCAUAAACAAAUCUCAGCCUUAUCUUAAGGCUUGACUUCCACCUGCAAAACACAGAUACAGGACCUGGGCUUUUAAUUGUUGAUCUGUUUGUUAAUUAGUCUUUCUUCAUUAAGAAGGUAACAUGUUUGUUAAGGAGUUUCUUUGAUUAUUUAGACUUUUACUCUGAUUUUUCUAAAUGAAAGAGAAGUUCUGUUUUCAGAAACUUAAGCUGGAUAUGCUUAUUUAAGACAAUGAUCACAAAAAAUUAGGGAACGAGGCUCUGAAGGUUGAAGCAUUUUACCAUGUCAUAAGCAGCAGACUUGUCCAAAUAACAUCUUGAUGCAUUUGAAUGAUACCUGUCUAAAAAAGGCAGACAGGUGUUUAAACAAGGCUAUGAUGCUAACACUGUAUUAAUCUCUGUAAAAGUAAAAAGCUAAAAUAAAUACAACUAAAAAGUA